AUGUCUUCUCCCAGCACUCCUGCCACGAGCCCUAAGACCGAGACUGCUCCUGCUCUCCCUGCCCCUCCCGCCCGUGUUCCUCCUGCUCGUGCCCCGGUGGACACUCUUGAGUCCUACCAGACCGAGAACAACCGCCAGUUUGUUGUUCCCCUGCCUACCUCCACUGGACUCUCCGCGCCGGCUGGCCAGCUCCUCCGGGGUGCUACCGACGACGAGGGCAAGAACAAGUCCGCCGCUCUGCUUGUUGGUAUCAAGCUUGACCUUGAGGCUGAGGUGCAUUUGACUGCUCGCGUCAAGGGUGAUGUCUGCGUUGGUCUUUACUAA